AUGCCUCCCCAGAAGAUUGAAACGGGUCAUACCGAUAUUGUCCAUGAUGUGGUUAUGGAUUACUACGGAAAGCGAAUAGCAACUGCUUCAUCUGAUGGCACGAUUAAGAUAACUGGGGUAAGCAACAGUGGCGGAUCUCAGCAGCUAGCUACCUUAACUGGUCAUCGGGGUCCUGUCUGGCAAGUCGCAUGGGCGCACCCAAAGUUUGGUUCUCUCCUUGCUUCAUGUUCCUAUGAUGGGCAAAUCAUACUAUGGAAAGAAGGUAACCAAAACGAAUGGACUCAAGCUCAUGUCUUCACAGACCACAAAGUAUCAGUCAACUCAAUCGCUUGGGCUCCUCAUGAACUCGGACUCUCCUUAGCUUGUGGAGCUUCGGAUGGAAACAUAUCGGUUUUCUCAGCUAGAGCUGAUGGCGGUUGGGACACAACAAAGAUAGACCAAGCUCACCCUGUUGGAGUCACAUCAGUCUCAUGGGCCCCAGCCACAGAACCAGGCUCACUCGUUAGCUCUGGUACGCUCGAACCGGUUUACAAAUUAGCAUCGGGUGGGUGUGAUAGCACUGUGAAAGUGUGGAAAUUCGCCAACGGGUCAUGGAAAAUGGAUUGCUUCCCGGCUCUUCACAAGCACACGGAUUGGGUCCGUGACGUGGCUUGGGCACCGAACUUGGGUCUACCAAAGUCAACCAUAGCCAGUGGUUCAGAAGAUGGGAAUGUAAUCAUAUGGACAAUAGGGAAAGAGGGUGAGCAAUGGGAAGGUAAGGUUUUGAAAGAUUUCAAGACACCGGUGUGGCGGGUUUCGUGGUCAUUGACUGGUAACUUGUUGGCUGUUUCCGAUGGGAACAACGUCGUUACGGUGUGGAAAGAGGCUACUGAUGGAGAGUGGGAACAAGUGACUGUCGUUGAGCCAUAG